UCUGGACGACAGACUUGCAUUUGUUUGUCCCUCACGAUGACCGCAUUGCAGUCCUAGCGACGCUUCAGCCUCCCACUCCCUCCCAUGUGACCACCUUAUUGCCGCACAUGAACCCCAUAGUGUCGGAGAGUAACGUGUACUUCAGGAAAGGAACGCGGCAGCAAGGUUCCUCAUAUCUCCCGCACGACGAACGACUCCCACAUUCAGCGUCACUUUUGCGGACACCUGAGAACUUUCAUAGCGUCAGGAAUCCGGUGAAGGAAGCUGCGUCUUCUUACGUCGGUGGACCUAUGCUCGACUUCCUCCGCAGUCAAAAUGAUCGAAACUCGCCGACGUCUUCAUCGAACUCCUUGUCGCGAGUGUCGAGCAUCGGUGAGCUGCCGGUAGGCGCUACAAUCCCUCUCGCGAACUUGGAGUCGAGCGGUCCCGGUUCUUCUGCGAAGUAUAAAGACCGCGAGGACUCGUCUAACUCUAUUGCCGAACCAGCAGCCCGGGGUAAACCGAUUGAUUACAUAUCAAAUCAUGACGCGGGGUCUGAAGGUCCUGCUGUGAAUGGUCCUCUGUUACUGUGGCGCGGGCUGAUUUGGAGACCCGUUUCUCCGGAGUUCCUUAAUUUCGUCCUCGCGUUGCUGUUCUACGCUAUCAGGUACCCGUCGGUGUUCUGGAGCAGCAACAAGGCGUUCAGUUUGCUGUUCUCGCUGCAGAUGGCGGCCACAGGCCUGCACUGCGUGCUGCUCUCCUGCGCCUUCUCCAUCCUUUAUAAGUUGCACAUGAUGGGCGGUGUGCUGGAGCUGCACGGUACGGAUGACUUGUUGCUUAGUCUGCCCGUCACUGUCGUGCUCUUUGUGCUCACGAUGUUCGUGCUCGUGCUGUCGUGUGCUGCCGUCUACGCUCACGGCUACCACAAAUUCGUGCAGUUCGUGUGCCGCAGUCGUCAGAAGUACCACAUCUCCUAUCAGGAGGAGCCCGCGCCCAUUGGCCCGUACACGGGACACAUCGCGGGCCUGACGGUGCUGGUGCUGCAGUGCGUCACCUGCGGGCCUCUCAUAUGGGACAUGUCCCGGGUCUACCGAGGGUCGCUGGACUACAUCACCCUCAUCACCGUCAUCUCCACCAUCGCACACAUCUUCGCAUGGAUCGCUCUCUGGCUUAUAUUCACCGUCAAGAACAAGUGGGUGUUCAAGCUGCGCGUGACAGUGGCGCGGGCGUGCGUGUCAUCGUCGCGGUCCAUCAAGCUCGUCAACGACGUGGAGCUGCUGCAGGCGAAGCCUCGUGACGAGCGACACGGUGACGCCGAGGCGCCCCUGCUCGUCGUGGGUCGUGGUCGCGCCUUCGUCGUCCCGCAGGGCGACCACAAGAGGAGUAUCAUGAGCGUCGUGCAUCAGUCGCAGAGCGCGCAGGCUGCCGGCGACAGCAACAUAUAUUGGCACCGCCCCGACCCCCCCACCCUCAGCCCCCGCCCCACACGAACACCUGCUGCUGGGGGCAGCGGCAGCAACCCUCGCAAGCAGCAGGCUGGGUCGCCCCUAAGCGAGUCAGAGGACGACGCCGGGGACUACGCGCUGCUGCUGGAGGAGGGCGGCAUCAAGUCGGGGGGCGCCGGCCCCACCAAGCAGACCCGCCGUCUGUCCAGGGGGCCCUCCGACGCCCGAUACGUCGACCGCAAGCAGAUUCUGGCGUACCGACGGCAGAAUGAAGAGCAGCAGCAACAAGAGCACCAGCAGGAGGACCUGGGGAGUGCUGGGGGUGACGAGGACAUGAUGCCUCCCCUACCUCCUCCUCCCCCCGGUCUGGGUGGCCCCUCUCAUGAGGGAAAUGACUCGAAGGUUCACGACGACGUUGCUAUCCACCGCAGCGACUCUGCCUCCACCACCACCUCGUCCACCGCAACCAACCACCAGCCCGACCAGUCAACCUCGUCAACCAACACCGCCACCAAUCAGUCAGAACCAGACGGUCGAAACAGGUGCGGCAGCGACGAUGACCUGACGCAGCUCCCUGCAGACCCGAGCAACUUCCCGUCGUAUCCGCGGCCUCUGCGCGCCCAGAGUCUCGGUGGCGGCGGCGCUGCGCUGUACGCGGACUCAACGGUUGUGAUCCGCCGACAACGAGCUUUGACCCGCGACCUGCAGCCGCCCGUGGACCCAAUCUACGGGUCCCGCAGCCACACUUCCUUCAAGGAAGAGACCCUCUAUGGCACCCGGGGUGGGGUCGAGUCAAUCAAGGAGGAGGAGGACGACAAAGACGAGAUGUGCUCGGCGGACUUGGUGGCGCGGGCGCAGAAUGCGGCCAACAGCCAGCAGUACGGCAACAGCUCGUCAGGGUCUGUGGGCUACCACACAGCCAGCAACAGCUCUGGCAGCAGCUCCCCUAUACCUCCCCCAUCUUCUGCUCCCGGCUUGGCAACCCCACCUCCCCCAAUGGCUCCUCUCUAUCCAAGCCACGGAACAUACGGCCACUCUGGACGUAGCCCCCACCACAGCAUAUACGGUCAGACGACAGCUCAGCCCCACAGCUUGUACGGUCAGACGUCGAUGCACCACAACAUAUAUGGCAGGACGGCACAAAAUAAACUUCCACAAGCACCACAAAUUCCCUUACCGCCCAUUCCUCAAGGCUCGAUUCCUGGCAACCUCCGCUAUGGUGCGAAUCCGAACUCGUGUGACGACGGCCAUUUCCCGCCUCCUCCUCUAUCUUCCCCUAGCCCUCUCUCCCCUCCCCCUGGGGACCUAUACCCGACAAGUAGCUUGGCUAACAGCAGGUUUGCCGGUGGAGGGAUGGGAGGCGGUGGGGGACGGGCAGUUGUUGUUGGGAGGAGCUCAAGUCUUCGUUUCACGCCCGGCACACCACCCCGACACUUCACCAACUCCUUACCCCACGUACUGCCCCGCAACUCCCACUACAACACUGGCGUGUAGUUCGGGGGUUUAUUUUUCAGCAAAAAUGUUUUCCUUAUCAACUCUGGCAUUGAGAAUCGUCUCAUUGAAAGAGUGCGAUAAAAAAGGUGAAUCAUACAACACUUUACAGGUCCAACAAACUGCUCAUCAACUGCGAGUUUGCUCACCAGAAAACGUUGCCAUUUUAA